AUGAUGUGGCGGCGCAGUCCCGCCACUGCUCGGGCUAUUGCCCAAUGCUCACCGGUUCGCCGAUAUCGCAGCUUUGCGACAGAGGCUACAUUGCCCGCCAGACCAGAAGCCCCAAGCCGCUCACCUCCAUAUCCGAAAAUUUUGGGUAGAUUGAACGAAGUCCGGCGAAUCUUGGGUGCAGACAGGCCUCUCACCCUCGCUGAAAAGGUCGUGUAUUCGCAUCUUGACAAUGUGGAAGAGUCACUCCUCACCGGUACACAAAACGGGAAGAGUAUUCGCGGACAAGCCAAUUUGAAGAUCAAACCAGACCGUGUAGCGAUGCAAGAUGCAUCAGCACAGAUGGCAUUGCUUCAAUUCAUGUCCUGCGGACUUCCUUCAACUGCCGUUCCUGCUAGCAUCCACUGCGACCAUAUGAUUGUCGGUCAGAAGGGUGCAGAUGUUGACUUGCCAGCUUCAAUCCAAGGAAACAAAGAGGUUUUUGAUUUUCUGGAGUCCGCUGCUAAAAAAUACGGUAUUGAAUUCUGGCCUCCCGGCGCUGGGAUCAUUCACCAGACUGUCUUGGAGAACUAUGCCGCCCCCGGUUUGUUUAUGCUCGGAACCGAUAGCCAUACACCGAAUGGCGGCGGGCUAGGUGCGAUUGCUAUUGGUGUUGGCGGUGCAGACGCUGUUGAUGCUCUCGUGGAUGCUCCUUGGGAACUCAAGGCCCCUAAAAUCCUAGGUGUCAGGCUGGAAGGAUCUUUGAGUGGAUGGACGUCUCCUAAAGAUAUCAUUCUCCACCUUGCUGGGAAGCUAACGGUCAGGGGUGGCACUGGAUAUAUUAUUGAGUAUUACGGACCUGGAGUGGAGACACUCAGCUGCACGGGCUUGGCUACCAUAUGCAAUAUGGGUGCGGAAGUUGGCGCUACCACGUCAAUUUUCCCGUUUUCCCCUAGCAUGGUGCCAUAUCUUCAAGCCACUAACCGUGCAAGCAUUGCCAAAUCUACAGCCGAAAUCGCCUCGUCCGGACCUAGGAAUCUCCUGUGCGCAGAUCCCAACGCUGAGUACGACCAUCACAUUACAAUCAAUCUUUCGUCACUGGAGCCACAUAUAAAUGGCCCCUUUACUCCAGAUCUCUCGGUGCCUUUGUCGUCUUUUGCAGAAACAGUUCGUAAAAACAAUUGGCCUGAGAAGUUUGGCGCCGGUCUAAUUGGAAGCUGCACGAACAGUUCUUAUGAGGACAUGACCCGAGCUGAAGAUCUUGUGAAACAGGCUUCAAAAGCGGGUCUCCGCCCGAAAGCAGACUUCUUCAUCACCCCUGGCAGCGAGCAAAUUCGAGCUACAUUGGAUCGGGAUCAGACGCUGAAUACAUUUUCCUCUGCCGGUGGCACUGUUCUCGCAAAUGCUUGCGGUCCAUGUAUUGGUCAGUGGAAACGAACAGAUGGUGUGGAGAAGGGCGAAAGCAACGCCAUUUUCACAUCCUACAAUAGAAAUUUCCGUGGCCGCAAUGAUGGGAAUCCUGGAACUAUGAACUUCUUAGCAUCUCCAGAGCUAGUCACAGCUUUGAGUUUUGCGGGCAGCACAACCUUUAACCCUAUGACAGACAGCAUUCCAACUGCAAAUGGCGGAUCUUUCACAUUUAGCCCUCCUCAAGGAUCAGACCUCCCAAAGGCCGGUUUUGUCUCCGGAAACCCAGACUUCCAACCCUCCGUCGCCGUUCCAGAUCCUGCCAGCGAGAUUGUGAUAUCUCCCACUUCUGACCGUCUGGCUAUUCUCGAACCCUUUGCUCCUUUCCCAAAGAGCGAGCUCAAAGGGCUCCGUGUUCUCUACAAAGUCAAGGGGCAGUGUACCACCGACACGAUCUCUGCUGCUGGACCCUGGCUCAAAUACAAAGGCCACCUUCCUAAUAUCUCUGCCAAUACCCUCAUCGGCGCCGUUAACGCUGCCACCGGCGAAACAAACGUUGCGUAUGACGUGGAUGGUAAGACUUACUCUAUUCCAGAUCUUGCUGCACAAUGGAAAGAUAAUGGAAUUGAAUGGCUUGUUAUCGCCGAGGAGAAUUAUGGUGAAGGCAGUGCGCGAGAGCAUGCUGCUCUGCAGCCGCGCUACCUCGGCGGACGUAUCAUCGUGUCCAAGAGUUUCGCCCGAAUCCACGAAACGAACCUGAAGAAGCAGGGUGUUGUGCCCCUGACUUUUGUGGACAAAGCUGACUAUGAUAAGAUCGAUGCAUGUGAUUCUGUUGAUACUGUGGGCUUGUACGAUUUAUUGCAAAAUGGAGGGCAAGGGGACGUUAAGCUCCUGGUUUUUAAAAGGAGUGGCGAAACCCUAGAAAUUCCUGUGAAGCAUACGUUGAGUAAAGAUCAAUGUGGCUUCAUCCUUGCUGGUAGUGCAUUGAAUCUCCUAGCUGCUAAAGCAAGAUCAUAG